CAGCGUGUUGUGCUUAGGUCGGCGCAAGCGCAGAAGCUUUGAGUGCGCAAUGAAAACUGGCUAGUUUGCUAGGCUCAGUUUGUUCACCAGUGUUUUUGGAUCUAACGUGAAGGCAGUGUGUUUGCUUCUUCAUAUCUAACAUAGAGCGAUCUACAUAAUGAGCAAAUCUGGUUUUCAAUCGUUUGGUGGUGGAAGUACAGAUGGUCUCGAUAAGGUUGACAUGUCUUUAGAUGAUAUAAUCCGGCUGAAUAAGAAACAGAAACAAUUCCAGGCCCAGAAGGCAAAGUACAGACUCCCUGUUAAAGGUCGCUUCACCCAGGGGAGGAAAACUGGCUCAAGACCUGGAGUGCCAUCUAAAAGAGCUGUAGGAGGUAUUGUGAACAAACGCUUCGGUCAAAACCGCAAGCUUCCUCCCACGGUGGCCAGGCGUCGUGGGCAGGGGGUCAUCACUGGUUUAGCAGCGAGAAAAAAUGCCACUCUGCUUAAAGGGAUUAGUCCACUCAACCGACCUGCCCAGAACAGACCUGCUCAGAACCGGCCAAUGCUGAACCGGCAGAUGCCAAACAAUGCAGCUUUGAACCAGAGAUCUCAGCCAUUUGUCCAGCGGCGCAACACCCAGCGGCGACAGAUGCAGCUCCAGAGGAGACCAAACAGACAGAUGGACUCCCACAAACCUCAGGGCUCAGUUUCUCACAGACCCUUUCGGCUUCGCAGAAAAUGGAAUGUUCCAUCUGCUCAACAAACACAGAGAGAAGCACGACAGGCCACCUUCCUCUUCAGAAGAGGACUUAAAGUUCAUGCACAAGUUCAGAAGACACAGUCUGCUCAAGCCACACAGAGAACUCGCUCGUGGCGCACUCCUACAAACAACAGUGGCAUCCUCACUGUGUCAAUAGACAACCCCACAGCUAGAACACAGCCCGAGCCUGCUCAGUCCUGGUCGCUGCAUCCCGUGACUCCUACACGUUCUUCACCUCCACCUAAAGAAGAGCCAGAGAGGAAACCUCCUAAAGGUGUCGCCCUGCAGUUUGAUAUCAACAGUGUUGGAAAGCAGACCGGAAUGACCCUCAAUGAGAGGUUUCGCAUUCUGAAGGACCAGCGCGUGGCGGCAGCGCAGCAGAGCAGUAAAGGGGGGCGAUUUGUCACUGUGGCCUAGAGCUGAACUCUGAGACACUGGUCACGUGUCUCUAUUCCUGAUCACACACUGAACAAUAGUUCUUCAGGACAGAACAGGCAAACAAGGACUGGAGCUGAACUAACGCUGUUCAUGACUCGCAUUAAAUAUCCCUGAUGGAAGAGGCUUCAUCAGAAAGUGGAUACGCUGUUGUUUUAGAAAAGUGAAUUUUUUUUUUUACGUUUAUUUUCUAAAAAUCUGCUGUUCUGUCCUCACAAAACAGGUAUAACUGUCCUUGAAUUUCAGUUACGUUGUGUCGUCUCCUGAACUGCCCUUGAUAUUUGAUGCCGUCCUGUUUUUUUUUUUUUUUAUGUAUACGUAAUGCUGUUGCAGCUCAAAGAAUUUAAAUGAUUCUGGAUAAACUUUGUUUUUCAUAAAGCGGUUGUAUGAAGCAGAACACAUUCUUUUUGUAGAGCAAAAAAAAGAUUGUUUUAAGAUGUUUUAUAAUAUUUCAAUUAAAAAAAAUGCAACAUUGUGCAACAAAUGUCUAAUUUGAUACAUCUGUUAGCAGCCAAUAUUGAUUAUAUAAAACACUGUUAAAUGCAUUCUUGUAAGAGCCAAUUUUAAAACAAAUACUAAUUUUUUGUACAUUAUGCACUAAAUUCAUUUCAACAUUUGAAACUAAGGGUACGUUUACACGACAACGAUGUACUAAAAAAAAGAAUGUUUUUUUUCUUUGCGUUUUUCCGCAUACAGACAAUGUUAUUGUCAAAAAGAUCCCCGUUCACACGGAUCCAUGAAAACGACUAAAAAUGCUGUAUUAUGCUCCCAGGCCAGUAGUUGGCGAAGUCACUUUGUAAAGAAGCACCUCUAGACCGUUUCAAGGAAGUAAACAAUAACAAUGCUACAUGUCUUGUUUAGACAAAUUCACGUUUUGUAGUUUACACGGAGAUGAUAAUGGUAUAGUUUUUCUUCUUGUACUUUGAAACCUGUUUUCAAAAGUUUUCAGGACCCAAAACACUGUUGUUGUGUAAAUGAACGGCCAAAACGCAUACGUUUUCCGUUUUUAAUUAAAAAUGGUGUCGUGUAAACGCCCCCUAAUUGUAGUUAUUUUACACUAUAAUUUAAAAUUUUAAUAUUGGUUCAUCUUUAAGGGGCCGUUCACAUGACACCAUACAACGGAAAACUUUUUGUGUGUUUUGGGCGUUCAUUUACACGACAGCGGCAUUUUGGGGGCCUGAAAACGCAAACUUUUGAAAACUGGUUUUUAGGGUUUUGAAAACGAUACCGUUAUCAUCUCCGUGUAAACUACAAAAAACGCACAUUUAUGAAAACGUUGAUGUCAUGCGCAUACAAAUUACGUGUCUAUAGGUGCAUAGUGUUUUUGUUUAUAAAAAAAAAAAAAAAAGUGACAGCCAACUACUGGCCUGGAAGCAUAAUACAGCAGUUUUCACGUAUCCUUCUGAGCGGGAUCAUUUUGACAACGUUGUUGUCUAUACUACCAUUUUUAGGGCACAUACGUGACAACGACAUACUAAGUGUUAAGUACUUUAGGGAAAAAAUACAAUUACAAUACAAUGAACUAAUAGUAAAACAGGUUAAAUACUCAUUUGUAUCUACAUUUUUUUGUUUGUUUUUUGGAUCACAUGAAACAAGAAUAUGUCCAGAUCAUAUUUCAUCUCAAAAUCCAAAAGUAAUGAAUAUUUGGGUGUGACAGAAAACGUGCUAAAAAAAUGAAUUCUUAAAAUAAUAAAAAUCAGUAUGUUUCUACUACCUAACAGGCUGAGGUAAGUUGCAGAAACUUUGUAUCAUGCUGUUUUAUAGCGAGUCAUACACCAACUAUGAAGUAACAAAUCUGAUAUGCCUAAACCUCUCACUUAAUCAUUUUGAAGAUUUAUAUUAGAAGAUUAAUUCAAGUUUAACCUUCUCAGUGAAUACGUGGGUAUUUUUUUGUGCCUGAAAUUUUAUAUGCUGUAGACUUAAAAUAAUAGGGUAUACUUAAAAAAAAAGAAAAGUGGUAUGUGUCAUCAACCCACACAUCUAGGUAAAUCCAUCAUGUUUCCUCUCAGUAUGAGGAAGUCACUGCCUACGGUGGUAUGUGAGAUUUAAAAGUGUGAAAAUAAUCAUCAUGGUGCAUAAAGCAGAAGAGUAUUACAGACAACACCCCAUUUCUAACAAAAUGUGCAUUAAUACAAAUAUUCCUGAGCAGUUUGGUAAUUUGAAUAUUGCAUUUAUUUAAAUACAUUAAAAUUUGCAAUGUAACAAAACUAUUGGCAUAUGAAAUUCAAACACCAUUUAAAUGAACAAAACAUGGCUCACUUCAUUUUCUGUGGCUAGUGUCACACACACUAGUUCAUUUUUUUUCUCCUCACCAUCACCUCCAUAUCUCCUUCCCCCGCAGACACUAUUCACAGACUACUUACAAUAUGAGUGCCCAAUACAAAUAUGAGGUAAGAAAGUGGUUUGACAUUUACAGAUAACAGAUCAUGCAGAACAUGCCUAAAAGCAACAAAAAAAAAUUGUUGUGAGGAACAAUUAAAAAAAAAAAAAAAAAAAAAA